UUAUACACGCCCCACAAAUACAAAGCAAGAGACAGUGACCGGAAAAAGCCGGCCAAAACGUUCAAACUUUCCUUGGUACUCUCUCCAUGUCCAAUCCAACGAAAACAUUCCAUAUUUAUAUACAAAUCUCCAACUCCAAACACAAGAGAGACGACUCCGAGCUGAGAAAUUAACAGCCAUGGAAAGGAGAAGAUUCGGCAGAGAAACCAGAAACGGGGGGCCGCUUUUAGCCAUGCAGCACGAUAUUAAGCAGCAACAACCGGUUGCCGCAGAGGUCCACCGUAAUAAACCCCAACAAGUGGCGGACCUCACGGACUUCAUGAACGACAUGUUCUUCGGCACCGUGAAGGUCGAGAACAAGUCGUAUAACCUGACUGGAGACGACAUGGACGACGAAGAUGAUGACAGCCCCAGAUCCACCACACCCACUACGCCUACUAGCAAAAUGACUCAGGAGUGGUUACAAGAGGCGAGGCGUAUUGUUGCCUCGUCCCCGACUCGGAGUGACUCGCCCUCUCGACUCGCUGCUGGCUCACCACGGUUCGCAGCAGGUCCACAGGGUCAAGUUAACCCAAGAUUGUCGCUCUCUUCCGCCCUAGAUCGGCGGGACGCAAUGUCUAGGUCCGCCAGAAGGUACCGCGCGGCGGAGAGUUUUAGUGGCGAGAUUCUAUCCAAGUCAGCCAAGCACUCCCGAAACAAGUCUGACGUGCCGCCCCCUGACUCGCCCACAUCACCAGCGUCUCAAGCGGAAAUUUCGCCGGCUUCUGCGGUGCAUAAAUGGUUUUCCAACAUCCUCAAGCCCAACUCCAAUCCCCCUCGGGCCCAACAACCCAAUCCCCCUCAGGCCCAACAACCCAAUCCCCCUCAGGCCCAACAACUCAAUCCUGGGCCUGCAGCCCAAACAAUCGUUCCCCGUCAACCGGUGAGCCGCAGGUCGCGGUUCCAAAACGAUCCCUCCUCUCCUCGACCGCAUGGGAUCCCGAUCCCUUCUCGACGGACAUUCCAAAGCCCAACACCGUUGCCUGACGCCCAUGUGCUCUCUCCGCCUAAAAAUCUUGUCCCGUCGGCCCAUCGUAGGUCCAUAUCGUCGUCUACUUGUUCCAUUGAGAAGAGUAUCUCAAGGCCCAAUGUAAUUGGAUGGCCUAAUGAUGCAGCCCAAAAUGAAGCCCAAGCCCAAGACUUUUACCUUAAUAGGUUUCUCAAAGUGCAAAGGACUAGGGUUGAGAAAGUAUUGGAUGGCCAAGUUAAUUCCAAGGCUAAAAUCGUACUUUCGGACACCUCGAAUAGUACAAGUACAAUGGUAGCAGCAGUAUGUUAUGCAUGGUUGCUUGAGAACAGGGUGAAGAAGGAAAGUAAGAGCAAAGGGAAUGGGGAGGAAGAGGAGUAUGUGGUGGUUCCAGUGAUGAAUGUGAAGAGAGGGAGGAUGUGGAAACAAAGAGAGGCUGCUUGGCUAUUUCACCAUGUUGGCCUUGAUGCCACCUCAUUGCUCUUUGCCGAUGAGGUGGACUUGGAGAGUCUAAUGAUGGCCGGGAAAUUAAACAUUCUUGUGGUCGGACAAGAUGUUCUGACAAACAAUGGCGAGGUUGGAUCUCAAUGCACCAUUCUGACAGAUAAUUACUGUGAAGAUGCCUAUGAUCUACUUGAAAGCCCUUUGCUGAAGAAACUUUUGCUUGCAGGUAUUUUGUUAGACACUCAAAAUUUGAAGCCGUCCCUUCAACUGUCCAUGACAAGAGACGCCGAGGCAGUUCAGUUGCUACUGGUUGGCUUAGCCUCCAAUUACCGGAAUUCACUUUUUGAUCAAUUGACACAGGACCAAAGAGAUGAUUCCUUUCUUGAAGCUUUGCGGAAAAAUUAUGGGAAGCCUCCUAAUGAAAGUGGGGGUGAGAGCAGAGAACUUGUGGAGCAGAAGGUUUCCGAGCGAAAAUCAACCUCUAUUUCCCGCAACCAACCCACCAUCCAAAACUCAGACAAGAGUCCUAACGAUGCAAGAAAUGCAAAGGGGGUUUCACCAAAAUUAGCUAAACCAAGUUCUUCGCCUGUCAAAGCCCCUUCACCUGCAAAAGCAGCACCUGAUGCCUCCCGAAAAAAGAAUAAGUUCUUCCUGGCACAGUGGUUUGGUUUUGGACCAAAGUGAGGACCAAUAUCUGUUAAACUGUAAAUUGAUAUAGAAGAGAGAUUCUCAAUUUGAUCUCCUUACAAGAAACAAAAGGGAAAUCAUUUCCUAGAUAUCUGCUAGUUUUGUCAAACGGACGCAAUUUUCGUUCAACGAAAUUGUUUGCUGUUCGUUUUUGGAAGAGGAAGAACUGAAACUACUACACAUAAAUUUAGUAAUGGAUUAGUUCUUUUGUCUCAGACAGUAACGGUUGAAGUUGGUAAAAGUUUUGUAUCUGCUAUGGUAAAACCUUUCUCAUGCAGCAGUGUUUUGAACUCUCACUAUUGUUCUUGUACACGAUGAUGCGGACAUGCAUUUUGAAUAGGAUAGUGUUUUCACACA